AUGGAUAGGAGCGAUAAAGAAAGAAAGGAUAAAGAAAGAAGAGACAAAGAAAAGAAAAAUGAAGAGCGCAAAUGAAAUUUAAACAAUUUAGCUCGAACAUUUAUUAUCAAGAAAAUUGAGCAAUACUUAGGAAAGUACUUAAAAGACAUAAAACAAAAAAACCUUAAAGCAACAUUAGGAAAAUCCCCUGAAAUAACAAUAUAUGAGAUUAAGCUCCGCAAAGAUGCAUUAGAUGAGCUAAGACUUCCUGUGAACGUUCUGCCUUCUUCAGUAGUCAGAGAAAUUAUUUGUCAAAUUCACAUCGCCUAUUCAACGUCCCAAGUUAACAUAAUUCUGAAAGGAAUUCGCAUUAUAGCGCGCCCAAACUCAACCGAUUGGACUUUUGAGCAGUGAAAAAACUAUAAAAUAAAUAAGCUCCGCGAAUGGGAACAAGCCCAGAAGCGAAAUUUCAAAGAACUAAAUUCAAACAGCUUUCUUAAACGAAAAAUGCAUAUGCUAAUAAAGAACAUGAGCAUUUCUAUUGAAAAUAUGACUUUAUAUUACCAAGAUGUAGAAGCACUUGGAUACCCUUGCGCCGUGAGAUUAUUCCUGCAAGAAGUUAGUAUAUAUACCACUAAUGAAAAUUGGGAAAAAAGUUAUUCGAAUCAAAAAGACGUCACUUAUAGAAAAAUUGAAAUAAAAAAUUUUUCUAUCGCAAUGAUGUGUGAAAUGCCAAAUAACCCAGCAUUAGACGUUGAAGAAAUUUUUGAGAAUAUUCAGUUCAGCGAGCGACAUUAUUUGUUGAGGCCUUGCAACAUUACAAUUUUAUAUAAAGUGAACCAUAAAGAGUUUAUUGAUGAGCCUAUUCAUAAGCUAGAAGUGACCUCAGAUAACAUUUCUAUUUCUCUAAAUGAGCUCCAAAAACAUUUUCUAGAUGGUGUGUUAAAUUUAAUUACCCACAAAAAAGCAUAUAAACAAUAUGAAGUUUUUCGACCUGUCAGCAUUAUUAGUGAUAGUCCUAGAGAUUGGUGGCAAUAUAUAAUAAAAUCUGGCAUACAAGAUUUGAGGGCAAGCUUACAAGGAUUAAUAGGUGCGAAAAUUAAACGAGAAAGAUAUGUAAAUUUAUAUAAAUAAUAGUUAUUUAAGUGUGCAGGCUUUAUUUCCAGGCAUUUAUAUAAUAAUAUAUAUUCCCCUUAAUUUAAUAAAAAACAGUAUAAAAGAUACCAAAAUAUUAUCCACGCUCCAUGGCUUGAAAUAAUUGACAAAGCCGGCAUCAAGCAAAUGGAAGAAAUCGAAGAUUUCUUCAGCUUAGAAGAACUAACCUGGUUCCGAACUUUAGCUCUUUAUCAGCUGCGCAUUGAAGCUAUGUCUUAUGUAAAAGCACGCGGGAAUGUCCGUGGAAAAACCCAUCUCGGCGACUUAUGAGAUUACUAUCUUAAUGAUUUCGAAAGCUUACUUGGUGAUCCUUAUAAAAAAAUAGCUGAAGAGCGCGAAAUUGAGCUAACUGAAAAAGAAAAAGACGAGCUUACUUGUUUACUAAAUAUGGACAAGCUUGAUAUUGUCAAUACUUAUUUAAAUGGCAAGAGCAGUUCUAGAAAAGACAAGCUUUUUGACGUAAAAUUCAGUAUUGCCCAUUUAUCAUUUUAUUUAGUCGCCACUCGUGUUCCCGAUUUAGAAAAAAUUUCGAUGUACCAAGAUCAAUAAUAUAAAUUAAAAUGGUGGCAUGUAUCAACCUGCCCUCUUGAUGUAACAGUCCUUAGUUGUUAGGGUGGCUAGAGCCCACUUUUUUAACUCGGCUACUGAGGAUCCAUCAGGGGAUUUAUUCUUUUGCGGUAACUUCUACUUCCGCUCGCAGGAAAGACAAGUUGCCUGACCGUAACCUCCUCCUUGCUACUUCACGAUAGCUCCAAUUUAGAGUGGACAGACUACAGGCUCCGGAGCCUUGCUUCAGGCUUCAGCGACGAGGUUGCCUGCAAAAAAAAUCCAAAAAUGAAUUUUCUGGCAGACUGCUGGCAAAAAGGAAAACUUGUAGUCCAGGCCGUAACCUCUGGCUUCACUGUGGGAAGUGCCCGAUAGGUCCUAAGAACCUUACUGGAUAACCCUUUCCAACUUCCAAGCCUCCUUUGUCCUCGAGGUAAACCCCAAACCAGAAAAUGGGAAGGCUAGGCUCUUAACAAAACAGGAAUUGCUUGAUAAAACCUUGCCGGAUAUAAUUAUAUAUAUACCCUAAGGUUGAAUGGCCUCCCGGCCAUGCUUAAGCUGAGGCACCAUAUUUAAUUAUGACGCAACAGUCUAGAUCUUAUGACUGCAGCGAACUUGGACGAACUCCGAGUCGAGAAUCAAGUGCAGGCUCAAGAGAUGUGUAUCCGGGUAGGUUUUGGCUGCUUUUCUGUGGUUUGAAAUAGAGGCACUCAACAACGUCCUUUGGAUAGCCAUUACUACUGAGAAACUGGGGGGUUCGGCCCAGGCCACAGGGAAUUAGUCUUUUUCUUGUAGCUGUCGAAGGAAGUCUGAUUAAUGGAAUCAAAAUAUUCCAAUCUCGCGUAGGAGGGCGCAGAAAUUCAUAAGUUGCUCACUCAAGACUGAAGCCGCAAGGAUAAGACAGAAGGUUCGGAAGUGGCCCACGUUUUGGGAAUAGACCCUCUGGACUGGAAUCGAAAAUAGGUAGAACCUUCUCUACGGAAGCUCUUGUAUGACUGCAUCACCAAUAUGGCUAACGCCUUAUUUAAAAUAACCUGACCUAACUAAGAUCAAUGUUUCUGUGAAAAAUGCAUACGCGCGCCUAGGGUAUUUGACGAUGCCCCAAGAAAAUUUGUAAGGCCACGGCUGUCUAAUUAUGAAGAAUGCGGAUAUGAAGAAAGAAAUUCUUAUGAGCCAAGAGAGCCCUGGGAUGUAACUAUGCGAAAAGGGGACGGAAAAUGCAUUGAUUCUAAGCUAGUUUCUGAGCAAACAGUAUGUUUAGUAGAGUUUGGAAAAUGUGAAGGAAAACUUUGCCUGCAGCGAGACUUGCAGCUGAUAUCAGAAAACAUAACAAUUUCCAAUUUUUAUGUUUUUGACCCACUUUCUUUAAGGUUUACUGAAUAUUUAAACGAAUUUAAAAAGACUUAUAACUACAGCUCAGGGAAAAAUUUAACCCAAAUAUUUAUUUGGAAUGGAGUCAAUGAUAUUAUUGCUGCAAACGCCUUAAAAUCUUAUAUGACGGAAAUUGGGCUAUUGUCAGAGCUUGAAUAUUUAUAUCACUACGAAGAGGUCAGAGCAAGAUUUCCAAAGGAUCAUAAAGACCCAAAAGACCAGUCUACUACGUCUACAAACCUUUGCAUUUGUGGAAAAGGAUUUGAGACUUAUGAAAAAUUAUUUGAUGCAUUUUUAAACCCACAAAACGAGCUGUUUUUGCAUAUGCCGUUAGAAAAAAGAAAUGAAUUAGUAAAAUAUUCUAACAAAAAAGAAGCUGCAGGGAUUUUAUAUACCUUUAACAGCUAUAUAGGAAAUUAAAAUAACGGCUUAGCGGCAAUAACAUUUCAAAGAAAAUGGCAUAUGACGAAAUAAUGAGUUUUUUUAACGAAAAAGUAAUGGUAAAUUUCGUUAAAUGUUGCAUGAGAUGAAUUACACAGCAAUAUAAAGAAAUUCCAAAUACAAACUCAUCGGGAAGAAGAAAGCCUGCAUCAGGCGGCGCAAUAAAUAUAACCUUAACACUAAAAGGCCAAACUAGUCCUCUGCAAGUACAAUUUAUAGAUAAAAAUAGAAAAAGAAAAGAAGAAGAAAUUACUGAUAAGGAAGACGUGGGGAGAGAUUUUAUUAGAAUAGAGGCUCAUACCCUUGAUAUGGCUUUGACAACACAGACACUUGGCUCUCUUGCAGACUGGCUCAUUAGCAGUCCACCUAUAGGAAUUUUUACAAAUAUGCAGUUUAAGGCCAAUUUUUUGACAACUUUGACGUCUCCAUCUCAGCCAUUAUCUAAUAUAUAUGACAUAAUAAAAUACGCCAAAAAAACUCCUAGCCAGCUUUAUAGUAUCCUUAGAGACGUUUUUCUUAAGUCGAGACGGUUUAAAUUCGAGCUAAAAUUGAUGUCUUUUACGCUUGGAAUUAUCGAAUCAAAUUUUAAAAACGAAAAUUCUCGCCCGACCUUCGUAAAAGUCUUGCUAGAAGUAAUUAAAUACGAAAUAAAGCAGCCAGAUUUCAUGAAAAUUGAAAAAAGCUCAUCAAGUCGCUUUCGGAAUGAUUUUAUAAGGGACAAAAAAUUCUACUCAAACCAAAAAAUUACGAUAGAAAAUAUAAAAUUUGAGACCAAAGAUUUAGGAAAUGAUAGCAUCCAUCUCCUGUUACAGACCAAGCUGAAUUUAAAGAUAAAACAAUGCAUUAUGAAAUACCACCCAAAUCUUCCAGAAACUAUCAUUGAUUGCUAUUUGGACCAUUUUAAAGUUUUUAUUAAAAAAGAAAUGAUCACAAUUUUAUGCCUGUUGUCGACUAUGAAUUUUUCGAGAAAUAAUUCACAGAUGAGUGAGGAAAAAUAUGAGAGAAAUAAGCUGGAAAAAUCAAUAAUGGAAUAUGAUAGACGGCAACUAGAAAGAUUAUUGCUGAGCUUCCAAAAUAAACAUUAUGCUGCCCCAAAUUUAAAAACCUGUUUACAUUGCUUAUUAAACACUAAAAAAGUCAUGACAGUUUUUAAUUUUGCUUUAGGAAGAAGAAUCCAAAAAGAUAUGCCGAGCGAUGAGGACUCGAAUUUUGUGGAUUUUAAAGUCAUUGGGAUGCACCAGAAAAAAGAAAUUUUGAACUUAGCUUGUGCCUCUAUAAUUGGAAUGUAUAAGAAAAGGCCCUUCAAGCAGACGUUUAGCUUGUUUGCUACAACCUUGAGGAGCAAUAUGGGGGAGACUUAUAAAAUAACCGUUUACCCAGGGGUUACAUCACAAAUUCAUGAAAGUUUCUCCAGAACUGAAGACCUCGAUUGUCAAGAUAUUACCCCACUAUUUGACCCUAGCGAAUUCAGAUCUACCUCUCUUGUAGCAAAAGCUUCAGGAAUUUAUGAUUCUGCUUUAAAUAACCAAAGACCUGAAAUUUUGCCUCAUUUUUACGAAAUUUUAAAGCUUGACCAGAGAAUCAAUAUAGAGACUUUUGACGAAAAUAAAUGGAAAGAAAGGGAAACUCAACUAGUAAAGCACAGAAUACGGGCUAUUGAAACCAAAAAAUCAACAUGAAUAAGGCAGUCUUCAGCGCCUAUAGACUGCAUAGCCAAAGAUAUUGUCCCUUUAAACGAAUAUGACAAGGUAAUCCUGCAUAUUUCUUCAAUAAAUAUCCUUUUAACUGAACAAUUUAACCGUUCCCCUGUUUUUGAAGCAUUUUUUAUUAUAAAAAAUAUCCUUGACUUGUAUGAUUUAUAUGGAAAACACGUAAAACCUACAAAUCUUAACGUAAAAGUGGCUCAGGCAAGCAAGCUGUAUAUAAAUUUCAAAAUUGACAAAGUGGAGUUCAUUUGUGCUUAUGAGGGCAAGAUUUUGUCUAUUAUUUCUGAAGGAUUUAUAAUGCAAAAAUUUUCUGGAAUAGAAAGCCAGGAAAAUUUGUCAAAAGAUGCAGUAAAAGAUGACAAAGGGAAAACCAUAGAAAUAAAGGAAGAAAGGAAAGAAAUCAUUGAGGAAAGGAGCAAUAUUUCGCUAAAGCGGCUUAAUAUAGAGUUUGGUAAUAGCUUAUACGGCUUUAUUGCUGGGUGCAAUUUCUUUACAAAAACAGUAAUUUAUAUAUAGAAAUAUGAGCAGGUUAUGGUGUAUUGCAAUGGUAUGCUUUAUGAAAUUUCCUCAGAUAUUCAUAUAGAUAAAGAAAAUGCUAUAAAAAUUACAGAAAUAAGUGUAUCUAAAGGGCAAGAAGGAACGAAAAUUAUGAUGGCGCCUUGCAAUGUUAUUGAUAAAGACAGGUUUGAGGUGUCUUCAGCAAGGUGAGCGUUAAAAAUAAACCAAGUGGAAAAUAGUGUAGAAGGGCUGGUUAGGAAAAAAGCCCAAGGUGAGAGUGAUUUUAAUAUAAAUCCGAUAGGAAUACUCAUUUCUACAGAAGAAAUUUUCGAGGUGAAAAAUGAUAUUGUGCACUUUUUUGAUAUUUUGGACACAGAAAAAAUCAAUGAGUAUUUAGCAAUAUAACUUGGGUGUAUAUUUAGCAUAAUUAGAGUGCAAAACUUAGAAAAUUUUUGCUGUGUUAGCAGGAAAGAUUUAUAUAAACUCUGAGGGCGCGCUAAAGAGUGCCCAAGCUAUACCUUCUCAAUAUAUUUUUCUUGAUCCUCCCAUAGAAGAUUAUAGCCACAAUUCAUGAAGGAUAAACUUACUCCCCCCCAUCCUUGAUCGAACGAUUUUCAUAUCAUGAAAAUUUUUAGAAUAUAAAAAUAUAUUAGUUAUCAAAAGCUUGGGAAGAUAUACAUAAUAAAGUUGUUUUCAGAGACUUUGAGACGACAAAAAGCUUCGAAACCAACCGUAUGAAGUGAUUCAGUCAUUAGCCUAGGCUUAAAAACUCGAUAAUUUAAUAAAAUAGAGAUUUUUUAAAAAAAUAAAAAAAAAAAUUAAUUUAAUAAGGAACAAAUUAAAAUUUAUACAGUUUAAAGGGGUAACCAAAAAAUCAAAAUAUUAAAAAAUUGGUAUUUUAUGAAAUUAAUUCAAUUUUUUGCUGUAAAAAUAAUUAUUAAAUACUCUUAACCCUCUUAUUUAAAAGUAAAUAAAAAGAAUAUAUAUAUUUUUUUUUUUAUAUAUAUAAAUUUAUUUCCCAAAAAUUUUUUUUUAACCCCCCAUCCUUGAUCGAACGAUGGCGAGUCUUUCGAUCAAGGAUGGGGGGGGAGUUAUCGAAAAUUUUUAUUAACAUGAAACACUAUAAUAAGCCAAUAUCACAGCUAUAUUUCGAUAAAGGGACUAUUAAAGCAUCCAUUAAUACAAUAAAUAAUAACUCAGAAUAUUUAUUGGAAGGAAAUAUCGAAAAUUUACAAAUUUCGCCUGAAAAUUCAAUAUAUAGCAAAUUAAUAGAAAAAUGCGAAAAUAAGCAAGGCACCAGUCUUUUAUUCAAGCUAGACCCUACCCAAGAUAAGCUUUCUCUGUUUAUAAGUGACGCAAAAAUUUACUUUUUAAGCUCUUUUAUUGACGAAAUAAUAGGCUUUGUCGACGAAAUUACCUAUCAACUCAAAUUUUCGAAUGAAAUCAAUGUUUCUGAAGAGCCAAGUAAUUUUAGCAUGGGCUUUGAAUUUGAAAACUGUGAAAUAAUUUUCCCAAAGCAUUCAAAUAGUGAUGAUAAUGUGGCUAUUAAAGUGACUAAAGCCAUUCUGAGAAAAAUUGAAGAAGAAUCUUGCUAUUUGAUUUCAAAAAACAAAAUAAAUAAAAAUCCGCCGAUUAAAGAGAGCAGCAUCGACAGUGAAGAAAAAUUCAAUAAUUUAAGGUCAGGCUCAGGCACCCCAAUUGAUAGCAAUAAGCAUACAGAAGAAGACAUCAUCGCUUUUCGUCCUGCACGACAGUCAAUGAAACUUACUGAUAAAUCCUCAAUUGCUUCUAACCCAAAGCACAAAAAACCCCAAGCCACUCUUCUCAGCAGCUUAUUCGGCAUCAGCAUUUUUGACGCGAAAGCAGAAAUGAAUAUAAAUAGCUCUAUUAUCCCAAUCGCAAACUCUAAGCAAGCAGAGCUUUCUAUUUAUACACCUAAAGAUAUCAGAGAAGGUAAAAAAACAAAAAUGAUACUUAAAUUAUAUGAAACUAAUUUAGGCGUUUCUUUUGCAAGAAUGACGCAGAUGACUGAAAUUAUGAAGGGGAAUUUUGAUGAAAAAUCGCAGUCAUUUCCGAAGGCGGAGACAACGAAAAAAAUUAAAUUUAAGUUUAAGGUGAAAAAUAGUGGGAUUAAGAUAAGAAGAUGGCUGACUGCUGAGCUGCCCAAGAGAUUAAGAUUAAACGGCUUAAUAUCUCAAUGCUUGAUGCCUCCGAACGCUUGCGACCAUAAGACCUAUUUACCUGGGUAGCUCAAUUAUCUGAGCCCCAUAUAUAUAGCGGUCUACUCAAGGGAUCUGGGGCUCGCACUAUGUCAUUGAGUCUCAACGGUUAGAAAGACUUCUUCUUGCUCUAGAUCUUGCAGGUACUAUGGAGGCAGAGGUUAGCCCGAUGCUCCUGUCGACCACAUUGAUAAAGGGGACACCAAGAAAAAAGAGUCACAGCCCUCUGGAACUUGUAGGAAAGAAGCUGUGGCCAAAAAAUAUUCGGAUAUAAUCCGUUGUUAAAAAUUUCUUAUGGGCGUUAUACGCGCCAUUUUCAUAUGAAAUUUCAAAUUAUGAAUUUGCCACACUAAAAUCUGCGUUUUGAAACGCAUAUUUGGUUUUUACAUACCAAAUUCAAAAUGGCAUGCAUAUGAAUGAUAAGAAUUAUUGCAAUACAUAAUAACUAAUACCUGGACUGGAAUGGCCACCAGCUGGCUUCCAAGGUUUAACAGCCCCAUAUGGCUACUCUAAGAAGCUAAGGUGAGGAUUAAAAGGGUCUGAAUAUUGGUUUGGCUGCAAAGUCAUUUUGGCUCAAAAAGUGGUGCGUCUUUGGAAAGGACCUAUUUUGUCGCCACAAUUAUCUACCAAGAGAGGCAAGAGAAGAAACUCAGGAAGCUUGCCAAGUAGAUGAGUCAAAAUAUUUGAUUUCUGGAAGUGAGGUGGCGGAAGAGAAGUCUGAAGAUGAAGAACCAAAGUUUACACCUUAA